UCCUAAUAAGGAUGGUCUUCUCGAAGUUUGUAGCUAGAGAUUCCGCAAUUAGGAUCACCCCAUAGAUUCCUGAGUCUCUUCACCCAAUUAGCAAGCAUUCGUGACAUAAAGCCACGAGAUGUACUUUUUUUGUUUGGAAGUAUUAAGACCCCAUAUCAUGUUCCAUUGGUGUCAUCUCUUCAGUAGAUGGACGGUCCCUCCAAUAGAAAUUUAUGAAGUGACUCAGGAGAAUUUUCCAACUAAGGUGCUAAACUUGAUUGUUGGACAGUUCCCAGAAUUUUUGAAAAAGAACUCUCUGAAUCUGCUAACCAUGCACCUGUAUUCAACCAAUAACUUCAUCCUCUUCUUUUCCUCCCUCCCUCCAACAAUCUGUAAGCCAUACACGAGUUUAGAAUCUGCUAGACUGCCCAUCCAUGCUUUCCACUUUGCUAAAGAAUGCACCUCAAAUCCAGAUGGCAAUGGGUGAAAAGCCCAGUAGACCCAUAUACAUGUUUGGGAGGUGUUCUUUUAUCAAUGUGUGAUAAGCACUACCACCCCCCUGCAUGUGCGACCCCCCUCCGUGUGCGGACAACUAGUUCUUUCUUUUAUUUUAUAUUUUCACAUGAACCCCUGGCCCAAUUAGGAGUUGAACAUGCACUUCCAACUUUGGAGUGGC